AUGUCUGUAACUCGAAAUGCGUUGAAAAAAGAAGGAAUUCCAUUGACAAUGUGCGUGUUUGCUGAUCUCCUCAAAGAUGAUCGUAACCUCCAUGAAUUAGAUCAACUAGAAUCAGAACUUGGUUAUUCUAAUCUUGGUAAAUAUCCAUUUUCAUGUGAUUAUUCACAAGGAAAUCUCAAAAUACGAGGUUUACAUCUGAGCAAUAAUUGCAGUGAUUCUCGUCCUGGAGUAAAUGUGUUUGUUGCUGGUGCGGAUGAUGGUCAACUGGAUUUUUCAAUGGUUCAUGAAAUAGCCACUGGUGAGAAAGUGAAAGAGUUUUUCGAUUACUAUAUUCGUCUUGUGGAAACAUGA